AUGAAGCUUAGAAAGGGUCUGGCUGGCCAACGGCUAGGGAAAUAUAAAGUUCCUGAAAAUGAAAUCGAGGUUCAGAUUGGGGAGGAUCUGAGCGAAAACCUACGAACGCUGAAGCCCGAGGGCAACUUAUUCCGUGAUCGCUUCCGUAGCAUGCAGCAAAGAGCCCUCAUUGAGCCUCGCGUACCAAUCCUCCCAACCAAGCGAGCGAAGCUGAAAGAGUUCGAGAAGCACGCCUGGAAAAGAUUUGAGUAG